AAAUCAGUCUGCUGUCAAUUGUUCGUGUCUGAUCAUAUCAUAAGAGCUGUCUGUCGAGAUGUCAUCGUGUCGCUUAAUUUGCUUUGGCCUGCUCUUCCUGAUCGCUUUCGGCCACGUGACGUCACAACGUACGUCACUGGACGUCGCUCUGAAGAACGUCUACAGACCGCUGCGUCUUCUGGGCCUGGCCUUUGCCGGCCGAUCUGGGGACGAUCCACAAAACGUGCAGCGCGUGCAAAUCGCGGGGAAAACACAAAAGUCAAACCCCCGAACCCGAGCACUACUGGAGUUCUGCGAUGCGGACCAUGGACCCGGAAGAAGGAGCGCGGAGCGACCCACCAGUGUGCAUCGCCUGCGACCCGGAGACAUCGAUGUGAUUGCAGCCAUGGGCGACUCCCUGACCGCCGGAAACGGCAUCUUCGCCACGAAUUUACUGCAUGUGACCGUGGAGAACCGGGGCGUGGUGUGGUCCAUUGGAGGGCAGUACGACUGGCGAAAGUACCUCACGCUGCCAAACAUCCUGAAGGAGUUCAACCCCAACCUGUACGGCUAUGCGACCAAGGACGGCAUCUCCACGGACCGCUCCUCGCGCUUCGAUGUCGCCGAACUGGCCGCCAUGUCCAGGGAUAUGCCGUACAUGGCCAAGGUCCUGGUGCGCCGCAUGCAACGCGAUCCGAGGGUCAACAUGACCUCCGACUGGAAGCUGAUCACCCUCUUCAUCGGCAACAAUGACUUCUGCGCGGACAUUUGCUACUAUCCGGAACCGGAGAAGACCGUCGACUGGCACGAGCGGAACAUGCUGAAGACCUAUCGCUACCUCAGGGACAAUGUGCCCCGCCUCAUGCUGAACAUAGUACCCGCGCCCAAUCUCCGGUUCCUGACCAGCCUCACGGGGCUGCCCCCCUCCUGCUACAGUACCCUGCGCUUCGAGUGUCCCUGUCUGAUGAACAAGGGCAAGGGUCAGCUGGACUAUCUGGAGGGCAUCAUGAAGCGCUGGAUAGCCAAGGACUUCGAGAUUGCCGAGCGGGAGGAGUUCAACACCGAGACAUUUACGAUAAAUGUGCAGCCCUUCUCGCAGUUCCAGGACUUUCCGCGCACACGCUCUGGGAAUACGGAUACACGGUUCUUCUCGGAGGACUGCUUCCAUCUCAGCCAGCGCGGACACGCCUCGGCGGCCAACUCCAUAUGGAACAAUAUGCUGGAGCUGCCCGGCCAGAAGAGUGGCUUCGCCACCCAUCUGUUCGAGACCUUCCGCUGUCCCAGCGAGAAGCGCCCGUUCCUGAUCACCCGGGAGAACAGUCGUCCGGAGUUUGUGAUCUAAGCGGAGAAGUGGGCCCGUUCUCCUCCGUGAAUUACUCCCUGUGAUAUCGCACCUAAGUCUGCUUUGCAAGCUUGCCCGUAUAUUUGUAGUUCUAAUUAGCCGUAUGCCAAGUGUAAAUACAAAACUUCGACGUGAAUCAGAAAGUCAAAUAA